AUGAAGCUCUUCUCCUGCCUCAUGGCUCUCCUGCUUUUCCUCCUCCAGGCUGUUCCAGGUCUCGGCUUGCCCAGGGACACCUUGCGUUGUUUGGAAUACCACGGAUACUGCUUCCACCUGAAAUCCUGCCCAGAGCCGUUUGCUGCCUUUGGGACUUGCUAUCGGCGCCGGAGGACCUGCUGUGUUGACACAACAUCCAACUUCCACAUCUGCCAAGAUGAGGGAGGCCAUUGUGUGCCCCCAGAAAUCAGAUGUCUGCAAGAGCAAGAGGGGCUCUGUCCUCGCAGAGGAUGGAAGUGCUGCACAGAAGUGUGA